UUUGACUGGUGGCUGACGAUCCCCUCUGUAUCAUUCGCACAAUGGCCUCGUACGAGACUCCGCGCGUGGACGUGAACGCCAACGGCUGGGGCCCUACGGUCCUGCCGGAGCAGUUCCUCAACGUCCCCUAUGCUCCCUUUAACAAGGGUGACAAGCUGGGCAAGGCUGCCGACUUUGUGUCCAACUACGCGCCGCGUGGCUCCCGGUACGCUCGUGACCCGUCUGGUGUGAACGCCGAGUUCCAGUACAAGCACGACUCGAAGGAGGACGCCACGUUCCAACUGGUGGACACGUCGAAGGGCACGCGUCCCAAGACGGAGGACCGUCUGCGCCCCACGUGGAACCAGCAGCGCUUCGGUGGACGCGGUGGACGCGGCGGACGUGGUGGACGCGGAUCGUACGGCGACAAACCGGACCCGAACGGCCCCACUACGUCGUCUGCGCAGCUACGUAUGAAGGGUAUGCAGAAGCAAAACAAGCGUUGGGACCGACUCAGCAACGCACGUCGCGCCCUGACCUUCCGUCGUCGCGAUGAGGUGCACGUUGACCGCGUGGCGUCCGUCAUGGUGCAGGCGAGCUGGAACCUCGUGGACCAGUUCGAGAUGCAGCAGCUCACUAAGCUGCAAGCCAAUAUUCCUAAGAGUGAGGACCUGAAGUGGUGCGGCGAGCUGCGUGAGUUCGACGCCUCCUUCGACCGCAUCACCAGUCGCUCCAACACGCGCGUGCACCGCUACGACGACCGUGACUUCUACUAUGUCACUACGACCGAUGACCCUAUUAUCGAGGACCUCGCUCAACAGGGAGAAGCCACGGUGUUCGCUACCGACGCCAUCUUGGCGCACCUUAUGGCCUGCACACGCUCGGUCUUCCCUUGGGACAUUGUGGCCCAGCGCGUCAACAACAUGGUGUUCUUCGACAAGCGCGACGAGUCCAACUUCGACCUGCUUACAGUCAAUGAGAACGCCUCGGAUCCGCCUAAUCAUGAGGACCCGGAACACAUGAACCACCCGGACCGUCUCAGUCUUGAGGCGACUAUGAUCAACCAGAAUCUGUCGCAGCAGGUGCUUAAGACUGCUAACGGAGCGUUCUACAAGAAAUUCGAUGAACCCAACCCAUUCGCCAGUGAAGAUGCCAAGCCUGCUAGCGGCGCCUACCGUUACCGAAAGUUUGAUCUUGGAGGAGGACUCAAUCUGGUGGCGCGUUGCGAGGUGCAGGGCGUUGCCCUCAAGAAGGGCAAGCAGCAGUACGUGUCCACAUUCGCACUUAACGAGUACGACCCCAAGUUCCCUGGAUCUAUCGAGUGGCGCAAGAAAAUCGACUCUCAGGUGCGUCUCCGACGUUUUUGUCGAAAUGUGUAUGCAUGGUGUAUAUUUGUAUGUAUGUGGGUGGCGAUGUGUGCGGGACUUGAUGAAUGUUCACAUUGUAUAUACGCUAUUCCUACACUAUUGGUGAGGAAAAAGCAUGGUAUGAAAGUCUGCUACAUGUAAACUACCUGUGCAUAUUGAAGUGGCUGGAACUCGAUGAUUGACAAUAUUUUUCAGAAUCGCUAAUCCUACACUAUUGGUGAGGAAAACUGAAAAGGAUGAGAGUACUAGCUGCUAACUUUUGUGUAUGGUGGUGUGGGAUCUCGAUGAAUGCCCACAACUUUUAUAUACGCUAUUCCUAUGCUCUUGGUGAGGAAAGCUUCAUAUUAGGAGAGACCCAUCCACCACUUUGCUCGUGGUGCGAUCCUGGCUAAUGAGCUCAAGAACAACUCGUGCAAGCUGGCUAAAUGGACAGCCCAGGCGCUGCUGAGCGGCGUGGACGAGAUGAAGCUAGGCUACGUGUCUCGCUCGAGUUUCAAGGACCCGUACUCGCACGUGGUGUUGGGUAUGCAGUCGUACAUCCCGAGCACGUUCGCGACGCAGAUCGCGCUCAACCAGAACAACACGUGGGGCAUCAUCAAGAUGCUGUCGGAGCUGCUGCUGGAGCAGCCUGAGGGCAAGUACGUGAUCAUGAAGGACCCGAACAAGCCCAUUAUGCGUCUGUUCUCCGUGCCUCUCGACACCUUCGAGGAGGAGGGAGAGGACGACGACGAGGACGACGAGUAAGUGGCGCCAUGUUGUCGUCAGUGAUGGCGUGUAACGUUGUUGAAAUUUAUUGAUAACGAUGAAAAUCCACGCUCAUAUCGGUCAGUCGCACGCUUGCUGCCUACUCACGGAGCCCUUCGUAGCUUGCUACCAGCCACAACUUCGACUCCACUGCUGAACCCUUGGAAAUGGAAGAGUUGGAGAUGGCUUGGAGGGAUCACGAACGCCAUCCACUUAGUCUGCGGCUUGUGUUGCUCAGGUUGAAAGAUUUAUUUCCUCGGCAACAGCGGCAAAGUGAGUGGGAGGUUAGAUCACCACUGUAGUUAUUUGAAUUCUAUGAAAAUGCUGGCAUGAUGCCUAGAAUUCAUGAGAGGUAUGUUUGAU